AUGGCCCAACCCGAAGGUGGUGGCACUAUUACUAUUGGCUGUGGACAUUGCACCUUGAAUUUGCCGUUUAGGUUUUUACGUCGAAUGAGGGAGAUCGAAGGCGAAAAUGUCUGAGCCUACCGUAGCUGACACUCGCCGGUUAAAUUCAAAACCUCAGGACCUCACAGAUGCGUAUGGUCCCCCGAGUAAUUUUCUUGAAAUCGAUGUGUACGACCCACAGACAAUUGGAGUUGGCCGGAGCCGUUUCACCACGUACGAAGUGCGAAUGCGGACAAACCUUCCCAUCUUCAAGCUGAAGGAGUCGUGUGUGCGGAGAAGGUACAGCGAUUUCGAGUGGCUAAAGAAUGAGCUGGAGAGAGAUAGUAAGAUUGUGGUGCCCACUCUGCCUGGCAAAGCCCUGAAGAGACAGCUGCCAUUCCGGGGAGACGAGGGCAUCUUCGAGGAGUCCUUCAUCGAGGAGCGGAGGGCGGGCCUGGAGCAGUUCAUCAACAGGAUUGCUGGCCACCCCUUGGCCCAGAAUGAGCGCUGCUUGCACAUGUUCCUGCAGGAGGAGGGCAUUGACCGUAACUACAUCCCUGGAAAAGUAUGAUUAAAUAACAUGUAACAUAACAUCUCAGUAGUGGCUGGUAUCUUUGCUGCAUGCUUGGUUUAAUCUCAGAUCAAAUUGGUGAGAAUCCAUCUGUUAAUCUUCAUUGGUGACUUCCCCUUCAUUGAUUCAAGCUUGCCUUGCAGGCCUUGUUGCUUCUGGAAGGCUCUCUUGUAUGUGGAGUCUAGACCGUCACUGCAUAUAUCUCAGGCCAAUACUGCUCUACUGGAUCAUCGUCAUCAUCAUCAUCAAAAAGGAGGAUAACAUUUUGCAGUAUUAACGUAGCCUAAACUUAAAAUGUUCUCUCAUGGUUGGAGACUUGAAGAAAAUCUAUUUUUUUUGUGGAUGAUUUAUGGCCAAUCCCAUGGAUAUAAUGUGAAAUGGGUUAAAAAAACAUUAUGAUGAUGAUUAUGAUGACAGAAAACUUCUAUGGGGGGGAAAUGUGAAAUGAUAGAUUGGCCUUGAUCUAAAGCUCCAGCAGACAAUGCAAAUGGCUGAGUAUAUGUGUGUUUGAAAUGUGCAGAUUUGCACCUAAUCUGUUACCCAUGUGUCAUUUCUGGCAUAGAAUAAUGUACAAGCUUUCUAUUGCAGCAUUUAUAGCAGGAAGCGCCAUGGCGAAUCCUACUUGAUUUGCCAAUAACUUUCCCAAAAUCAGCUUGCGCUUCAUCACCAUACGGGUCACAAAUAAUGUCCCAAUCCCAUUAAUGUACCUUUUAAAAGGGUUUGCAUGGGGGGGGAUGUGGACCGGGUGGGCAGCGGUCAGUAACUCCAGUUUUCAGUCAAAUCCUAUGGAGAGGGUAGACCGCAGUUAAAAUUUACAGUUGAAUCUCAUUUUGAAUCUAGCCCCAGCGAUGCUGAGACGCGGAGCGCUACACCCCCCCCCCCCCCCCCCCCGGCCUGGCUGCCGGUUUUAUCGUCUGACCACGAUAAAGCCAAGCGGCCUCAACCACAGGUGACCACACCAGCUGCACCCAGCUCUCUCUCUCUCUCUUUCUCUCAUGUAAAUAAUAUGUACAUAUAUAUCUAUAUCUGGGGACACUGCGGCAGACUGCAUGCGCCACACCAGCGGGCCUGCAGCUACGUGAGGUCUUGCUGGGGGAAGACGGCGCAUCGCGGAUUCGUGCUGACUUUGUUUUUGGGGUUUGGAGGCAGGUGGGUGGGUGGGAGGGUGGGUGGGUGAGUGGGGCAUUCUGCUUUCUUUAUCAUUUUUUCUUUGUCAUAUUGUUGAGACUGUUAUCAGCACCAAUGCAGACAUUCCACACUUUCAGUUUCUAGUUCUACCCAAGCCUACUCGGUAUGACUCCUUUCCACUCUACAAAAACAUUGUCUUGCACAGUUGUGGGUCUGUUUGUGCCCCGUCAGUCAUGCAGACCGACUGGACUCACAGGGCAGACUGUCAUGAUUGGCAGCAGUAUAAACCUUAUGUACAUGCUGCCUGUUGCAUUUUGCCAGCACCACUUCUGUCUUUGGAAGUGCGGUGUGCAAAUCUGCCGUCUCAUUUCUUUCUAUAAGCUUUUUGGCCAACGGUGACUUGUGAAAGAGAUGCACAAUUUCAUCCCAGGCCAGCUAAUUGGUAUUGCUUUACCUACUCAGCAAGCGCUCCUCACUUGGGCAAUUUGGAUUGCACAUCUUUUGCAGAAUUAUCCGUUUUAAAACUGGAUUUCACAGUGUUAUCUUGCCAAAUGAUACAGCAGUUAACCUGCAUCCUUGGCUGUAGAACAGGGUUUUUCAAUUACCAGCCCAGGGCUAUGUGCAGCCUGCCAUAUGUAUUCUCUGAGCCCUUUGAUCAUUGAGAAUAAGGAAAAAAUAAGGAGUUUAUUUCGGUGCAUCAAAAAAUGAUAAGGUCUACACCUGCUGUGUUGGCAUAUCUAUGACUACAGUCACUAGAGAAUAAUAGCUGAUUGCUAGGUGUAUUUCAAGAAGGCAUUGACUUUGUUUACACACACAAGGUACAUUUUAUUUAAAAAACGCGACGCAGUACAAGCAAAAUGUUUGGUCCAUAUGCAAAAUGUAAUAAAAUAAAUAUGGGCCCUGGGGAAAAUUGUUUGAAAAACCUUGUCACAGCCCAGCUCCUUCACCACUUUUCCACACUACCACCUGCACCACUUGCUCAUGGGCAUCAUGGAAAUGAGAUUGAUGAAAUAAGUGGAAAUGUAUGGAGGCCAAACCAUGCCUCUGCAUCACUAGCAGGUAAACGGUCUUAGACCCUAACAGUUUUUACCCUUGUCAUACCUGGUUGGAGAAGAGGGUGGGAUGUUGGGGGUGGGGGGGGGUAUUAGAGAAUCUGUCCCAACUUUUAGCUUUCUGUACAUUCCAUUCAUCAUACUGCACCCUUGAAUGUCCUGAUUUUUUUUAAACAUAAUGUUUGAAAAUGAGAUCUAAUAACAAUCGAAAAAUCGCUUGUUCUGAAGACCCUGCUCAGUUUCGAGGCAUCCGUUGCAAAGUCUCAGUUGUCGUACCAUAUCUGCUACCUCUUAACAGCUGAAAAUUGGCCUGUUGAUCAUUGUCCCAAAGUGCUCCCCACAAGGCUUGCUUUGUGUAUCUACAUUAAUUUCUCUCAACCCCAGGGGUAGCUCUCUGGUGCCAGCAGUAGCACACUUGUGAGCUCAUACCCACAUUUGGGACUGUGCUAUCGAGGUGGGGCUAUUCAUAAAUAUGCCAAAAGAAAUGGGCCAUGUCUUCCUCAAAUUCCUUUCCCCAUUUUUACAUGUACUCCCAAAUAGCAAAGUGAAUGUUUUAUAUGAACAUGCUUUGACCAUAUGAUUUUUUUUUUUAAACAAUUAUUAUUACUAUUCUUUUUGAACUUUACAUGUAUGUAACCGUUGUAAAUUGUAAUCUGGGCUUUGUUUCAAAUCUUCUGUCAGGAAUGCUAUGACCGAUAUUCAUGUUCAUUUUAAACCACUGUGAAAACCCAAUAAAGAGCUGGUUGUCCCUGUCUUUGGAAAAAAAAGAGUUUAAAUUGUGCUUGUAGAUCUUCUGAAUUCUUUGUACUGCAUGUUUGCGCCAUGGUAGCUUUUAUAUGAUACUCAUUCAGUACCUUGUUUAAUUGUCAGCCUGUGUACUUCUACUGGUUUUGAGUGUCUGAAGAUUUGCUUUGCUGUGUCAGACCCCACUAAUAAAAUUGUUACAGUCAA